AUGUCACAUCGCGACACGCAGGAAACGCUGGCCGUGCUGGAGCGGCUCGAUCUCGACACGGAAAAGCCCACGGAGGAGGAGCUGGCCCGGAAAUUCGGUUACGAGGACGAUUAUCUGAAGGGUACGGUUUCCUGGUGGCAGCACAUGAAGCCACAAAUUUGGUCACUGUUCGACGAACCGUACAGCUCCAACGCUGCCAAGAUUAUCGGUGUGAUAUCAGUGUUUUUUAUCUGUGUGUCCAUUCUGUCGUUCUGCCUCAAAACGCACCCAGAUAUGCGCGUUCCGGUCAUCCGGAACAUCACGGUCAAAACGGCCAACGGCAGCACGGCCUGGGUGUUGGACAAGGCGCAAACAAACGCUCACGUGGCGUUCUUCUACAUCGAGUGUGUCUGCAACGCGUGGUUCACGUUCGAAAUUUUGGUACGCUUUAUUUCAUCGCCCAACAAGUGCGAGUUCGUGACCUCAUCUGUAAAUAUCAUCGACUACAUCGCCACGCUGAGCUUCUACGUCGAUCUGGUGCUGCAGCGGUUCGCGUCGCACCUGGAGAACGCGGACAUCCUCGAGUUCUUCUCGAUCAUCCGCAUCAUGCGGCUAUUCAAGCUGACGCGCCAUUCGUCCGGCCUCAAGAUCCUGAUCCAAACGUUCCGGGCAUCGGCCAAGGAGCUGACGCUGCUGGUGUUUUUCCUCGUCCUCGGCAUCGUGAUCUUCGCCAGCCUGGUGUACUACGCCGAGCGGAUACAGGCGAAUCCGCACAACGACUUCAACAGCAUCCCGCUCGGGCUGUGGUGGGCGCUGGUCACGAUGACCACGGUGGGCUACGGUGAUAUGGCACCGAAAACCUACAUCGGUAUGUUCGUCGGAGCGCUCUGUGCGCUGGCUGGUGUGCUGACGAUCGCCUUGCCGGUGCCGGUCAUCGUGAGUAACUUUGCGAUGUACUACUCGCACACGCAGGCCCGCGCCAAGCUGCCGAAAAAGCGACGACGAGUCCUGCCAGUGGAGCAGCUUCGGCAGCCCCGCACCGCAGGUCAAUCGGGGCCGAUGGGCAUGCCCGGGUCCGGUCCCAUGGCUCGCCGGAUGAACCAGGUGAAGACGAAAGACCUAGGACCGAAAAUCGGGCCCAUCGGGGCGAGCAUCGUGGCGAUGUGUCCCAAAAACGUCGGGCUCCACACGAACCCGGCCCUGGCCAUGUGCAAGCCAACGUUCGAGAUGCGCCCCCCGGCUGCACCGCUGCUGAUCCCGCGGGACGUCGGCUACAAACCGAUGCUGGCCAACAGUGCCACGACCAGCGUGACGAGCAACACGGGCAGCACCAGCAUCAUCACCACCUCCACCAAUGCGGCCACCACCAACAACAACAACAACAGCUCGGCGGUCACCAACGCCAACACCAAGGUGGUCAGCAACAGUGCGAGUCAGCACAGUCUCAUCGUCAAGAGCGGCAGCAUCGGCCAGCUGAAGAGCAACGGUGCCACCGCCAAGGAGAAGUCGGCGGACGAGAAAAGCUUUCUGUGAGCUUUCUCGGGUGCCGCGCCGAGGCCAAAGUAGCGUAAACCAAAGUCCCUGUAAAUAGGUUAAUCAAUCCAUACCACCAGGAGGUGUACGUAGCCGUGCCGUCGCUGUCGACAGGCCACA